AUGGCCAUCGGGCAACAAGAGAGCACUCAGCCUAGCAUAUAUUCUAACGUAUCACGAGUAGAAAAAGUGGAAUACGGCCAUGCUCUUGUGGCAGCCAGAGAUCUUGAGCCUGGUACAAUUGUAGAGAAAUUCGAAGGCCCAGAUGUCGUUUACGAGGAUUUGAGUGAUUAUGACAAGACUUAUGUUUUAAACUACCAGCCCAAGGGAUCCACGGAUUGGAAAUGGUAA